AUGCCUACAAUUCAUUGGCUUUCAUUUUCAUGGCUUAACAGAUACAUUCAACCUGGCCAGUCAGUAACAUUCAUUUACAUGAUUUAUGAAGGCGAUUAUCAGCCACCGUUUCUCUACCUUGACGAAGUUUUGCCAGAUCAAGAAGCAGAUAUAACUGAAGAUAUACCAAUUACUGGAGUCUUUGCAUAUAUUAUUCCAGGUGAUCGUGUAGAAGCAUAUUGGCAAUUUAUCGAUUCAGAAGGUAAAGUUGUCAAACAAGAGAGCCUUGGAGAAUUUACUGUAUCAAUAGAACAGAUGUUCAUGGACUUUGAUAUCAAGAUCAAACCACCUACAAAACUUGGCCAGUAUAUAUUAAGAAUUAAUGCAUAUGCUGAAGGAACCGACUCCUUGGUCUAUGUUGAUUAUCCAUUUACUGCUGUCCAUGCUAAUUAUAGACCAAAGUUGUAUGUUCUUCCUCCUGAAUAUGUUUAUUACAUUUCAGAUUCUGAAGUUUCUUUCUUGGCUUCAGCAUAUGAUGAAGAUUUAGGUGAUAAACAACUCACAGCAAAGGUUUUCUUCAAUAAUGAAGAG